UCCAAGUGCCUGAGCAAAUGUGAAAGUGAAAGUCUCAGUAUAGGACUGAGGUGUAGAUUGUUUUGUAAAAACGUGUAGAAAUGCACAUAUAGUGACUAUUAGAGUGGUUAUAGACUUAAAUCAACUAUUUUGAGUGUGAAGUGGAGGACGUGAAGACCAGUAAAGUUAAAAUGGCAGAGUCCAGAGUUCAUAAUCAGUUUAAACUCACCUCAGAAGACCAUGUGGAGGUUAAAGUUGGUGAAGAGGUCACCCUCCCCUGUCACCUCUCACCUGACACCAGUGCUGUUGCCACGACGAUCAGUUGGUUUAAAGGGACAGAGUGUAUUUACCUGUAUAAGAAUGGCCAGGUGACAGAGAGGAGUGGCUAUGAGGGCAGAGUGAGUCUGAUCACAAAGGAGCUGAAGAGAGGCAACGUGUCUCUGAGGCUGAGAGACUUCAGGAGGUCAGAUACAGGAUUCUACAUCUGUCAGGUCAUCCAUGGAGAACAGAAGGAUGAGGCUGCAGUGAGUUUAUUGGUCAGAGAAGCACCAAUCUCAGGAUUACAGUAUUUACAACGUGAGACCCAGGAGGACAAGCUGAAGAGGGAGGCAUCAGCUGGUGAGCUUGUGGGAGGAGAGACCUCAGAUACAGACCCCACACUUCCACUGAGGAGGACAAACAGCAUGGAGUUACCUCCUCCAUCUAUGGGAGGAGAGAGCAGCAGUCCAGACUCCCCAGUGUCUCCCAAAUAACAGAACUGGAGAGACAGGUGAAAGAUGAGGAGUACUGGGGGAAGAAAUACAAACACCUUUGUCUGACACAUCAAAAUGUGGAGUGUUUUCUCAUUGGAAAGACGUCGUCCAGAUGUCCUUUGGGUGGUGGACCAUUCUUGAAACACACAGGAAUCCCAACAGCGUUGCAGUUCUUUACACAAGCCAGUGCUCCAUGCACCUGUUACCAGACCCCGUUCAAAGACAUGUAUAUAUUGCAUCUUGCCCAUUCACCCUUUGAAUGGCACACAUACACAAUCCAUGUCUCAAUAUCCUUCUUUAACCUUCUUCCUCCCCUUCAUCUACACUGAUUGAAGUGGAUUUAACAAGUGACAUCAACAAGGGAUCAUAGCUGAUCACCUGGAUUCACCUGGUCAGUCUAUGUCCUGGAAAGAUCAAGUGUCCUUAAUGUUUUGUACACACAGUGUAUGUCUACAGUGACUUGAUGAGUAAUACAUUAGAUUAUUGUUCUGUUGCUGUUGAGACAACUGUUUUGUGUUAGAGAGGAGACCAGAGAGAGACAACUGUUUUGUGUUAGAGAGGAGACUAGAGAGAGACAACUGUUUUGAGUUAGAGAGGAGACCAGAGAGAGACAACUGUUUUGUGUUAGAGAGGAGACUAGUUAGAGAGACAACUGUUUUGUGUUCGAGAGGAGACCAGAGAGAGACAACUGUUUUGUGUUAGAGAGGAGACCAGAUAGAGACAACUGUUUUGUGUUAGAGAGGAGACCAGAGAGAGACAACUGUUUUGUGUUAGAGAGGAGACCAGAGAGAGACAACUGUUUUGUGUUAGAGAGGAGACCAGAGAGAGACAACUGUUUUGUGUUAGAGAGGAGACCAGAGAGAGACAACUGUUUUGUGUUAGAGAGGAGACUAGUUAGAGACAACUGUUUUGUGUUAGAGAGGAGACCAGAUAGAGACAACUGUUUUGUGUUAGAGAGGAGACUAGUUAGAGAGACAACUGUUUUGUGUUAGAGAGGAGACUAGUUAGAGAGACAACUGUUUUGUGUUCGAGAGGAGACCAGAUAGAGACAACUGUUUUGUGUAGGGGUUAGAGAGGAGACUAGUUAGAGAGACAACUGUUUUGAGUUAGAGAUGAGACUAGUUAGAGAGACAACUGUUUUGAGUUAGAGAUGAGACUAGUUAGAGAGACAACUGUUUUGUGUUAGAGAGGAGACCAGAUAGAGACAACUGUUUUGUGUUAGAGAGGAGACUAGUUACAGAGACAACUGUUUUGUGUUAGAGAGGAGACCAGAUAGAGACAACUGUUUUGUGUAGGGGUUAGAGAGGAGACUAGUUAGAGAGACAACUGUUUUGAGUUAGAGAUGAGACUAGUUAGAGAGACAACUGUUUUGAGUUAGAGAUGAGACUAGUUAGAGAGACAACUGUUUUGUGUUAGAGAGGAGACCAGAUAGAGACAACUGUUUUGUGUUAGAGAGGAGACUAGUUACAGAGACAACUGUUAUGUGUAGGGGUUAGAGAGGAGACUAGUUAGAGAGACAACUGUUUUGUGUAGGGGUUAGAGAGGAGACUAGUUACAGAGACAACUGUUAUGUGUAGGGGUUAGAGAGGAGACUAGUUAGAGAGACAACUGUUUUGUCUAGGGGUUAGAGAGGAGACUAGUUAGAGAGACAACCUUUUUGUGUAGGGGUUAGAGAGGAGACUAGUUAGAGAGACAACUGUUUUGUGUAGGGGUUAGAGAGGAGACUAGUUAGAGAGACAACUGUUUUGUGUUGGGGUUAGAGAGGAGACCAGAUAGAGACAACUGUUUUGUGUAGGGGUUAGAGAGGAGACCAGAUAGAGAGAACCCUACUGUAUUUUCCUCCACUGUGAGAGAAACAUAGCAGUGUUAUUAUUUUACCACAGUCACACUGUUGUUUUCUAUUUGCUGACCUUCAUCAAUCAAAGUUCAUCAGGAUACUGCUGUUGUUCUGAUGUUAUGUUUCAAGUUGAAACCUUAAACGUAUCUCUACAGUUCUCGCUAGUGGACAGACAGGCUACGCUCUGCUCACGUAUCAUUUGGUUCAGGGUUCAGAGGUCACAGUGAAGGAUUGAUGAGUAAUACAUGUGUUUAUUAUGAUAUGUUUGUUGACCCCAUUACCCAGUGGGUAGUAAUCUGUGAUGUGGAUGUAGCUUCCAGUUACCAUGGUGAUGUCUCAUAUUGAUGCUGGGAAUCUUUCCCAAUGGAACUCUGUUACCACAUGAGACUGAUAUUGUUGAAAUAAAGAAAUUUCACUUUGUAAGACA